AGAAUAAAUUAUCUUAAAAUUAAUUUCGAAAUUGAUUUUCUCUUAUGCUCUUCCAAACGACCCUAUGAUUGCGACCAUGACAAAAUCCUCGGGGCAAAUGUAAGUUUUCUCCUGAACUACAGCACACACAUUCUUCUUCUCCCUUCUUCCAAUCUAUCGAGAUCCGACAUGAAAGUUGCUCUAUGAUUAAAUUCAAGAAAACAUCAAAAAAAAAGAAGAUGACCUAACUAAUCAUAUGGCACAACCUAAGAAAACCCUGAAAAAAUUGAUCCCUCUUUUCAUUCUCCUCUCGCUUUCUGCUCUUUUUCUCUUCUCUUGCCACCCUUCUAACUUAAAUACCACCAAAUCUUUCUCCUUUAACCCAUCCAGCCCUCUAACUCACCAAAACUUCACUUUUAUCAUCAAAGUUCUCACCUUUAACCGCCUUGAGUCCCUUUCUAGGUGCCUCAAUUCACUUUCCAAAGCACACUAUGAUAACCAUGUUGUUCAUCUCCAUAUAUACAUUGAUCAUUUUCAAGAUUCCCCUAAUGGGUAUGUAGAAAUCGACCAAAAUUUGAAUCUUUCGAACAGAAUUCUUGAUUUUGUUGAUGGAUUUUCUUGGAAAUAUGGGGAAAAGUUGGUACAUUAUAGGACUGGUAAUGCUGGCCUACAGGCUCAGUGGUUGGAGGCUUGGUGGCCUAGCUCGGAUGAUGAGUUUGCUUUUGUUGUGGAGGAUGAUCUUGAGUUAUCCCCUCUUUAUUUUCGGUUCUUGAAGAGUUUGAUUGAGAAUUAUUAUUAUAAUAGCUCGAACUUUAGUCCUAUGAUUUAUGGGGCUUCCCUGCAAAGGCCAAGGUUUGUACCAGGUAAACAUGGAAACAAGAUGCAGAUUGAUGAUGAAACUCAACUUUUCUUGUACCAGUUGGUUGGCACCUGGGGUCAGCUUCUGUUUCCAAGACCUUGGAAAGAAUUCCGCAUAUGGUAUGACACACACAAGGCCAAGGGGUUGAAGCCAUUUCUUGAUGGGAUGGUGACAACAGGAUGGUACAAAAAAAUGGGGGAAAGAAUCUGGACACCUUGGUUCAUUAAAUUCAUCCAUGCUCGUGGUUACUUUAAUAUUUAUACCAACCUUUUGCAUGAGCGAGCUUUUAGUGUGUCUCAUCGUGAUGCUGGUGUUAACUAUGGGAAAUCAGCUGGGCCAGAUUCUUCUUUAGUGGAUGAGAAGUCUUUUGAUUUUAACCUUUUAAAGCUGCAGUCUUUGCACAGUCUGAAGUGGUAUGAUUUCUGUUUCAAGGAAGUUUCUCCCGGUAGAAUUAUACGCAGUUCUGGUGAUCUAGUCUCUGUUCUUCACUCGGUUCAGAAAUUGAGGACUAUACUAUUGGUGAACCUACAACAGAUGUCAGAGUCAAUUAUUAGGAAUCUUCUCUGCCACUUUGAAAGAUUGAAUAUCCAAAAUUAUGUCUUAUUGGGUCCACAGUCAUCUUUCCUACUUGAUCUUGCAAGAAGGGGUUAUGCUGUCAUCGACACAGACCAAUUUAUUGACAGUGUUAGGUUACAAAGCUCGAUUAGCUUUGAAAAAUCAGAUGAAGAAUUGGGCAAAGAGGUGGUUGUGAAAGUCCAUGUAGUUAGAAAGUUGUUGGAACUUAAAUACAACUCAUGGGUUGUGGAUAGUGACAUGAUUCCUCUCAGCAGUGAUUCAUUUCUUGAUUCAUAUGAUCCUGCGAAUGACUUUACCUUGGGGAAGAACUUUAAACUUGUCUUCAUAAGAAAUUCAGGAUCUGCUUUGAAAAUUUGGGAUGACAAUGUUGUUGACAAAGUUGUUGCCUCAGUUGCCACUCUGAAGACAAGAGGUUCAAAUGCCACAGAGGGAAAUUUUGUAAAUCUAGUUGAGAAGUUAUUGCAACAAAAGAGAACCACAUUUAACAGUGUUGAUGAAACUGACUUUAGCUUGAACAUCAGUUAUAUGGAUGCUAACCAAACCACUUCAAGGAAUGAAAAGAAGUUUGCCUUUUGGUCACCUGAGAUGGGUUCAGAACGAAUACAGAAACGACUUGAAGAGUUUGCUAUGUGGGUUGUGGAUAGUGAUUUAUCCUGUAAUGCAGUUGUUUGUCAUCCAUCAUAGCAUAUGGCGGUGUUCAUCGGUGUACCUACCAUUAUACGUAAUGAUAUGUUCAUAUUGUUGUAUUGAAGGCAAGAAGAUUGGAGAAGAACAAAAGAGGCUCACUCUUUGCGAAUUUCCGUAAAAUAUGCUGAUUGCUGAUACCAGACGUGUUUGUCAACCUACAUCAGUUGAAAGUAAUCGUCCAGAGUCUAAAUUAUCAAAGGAUGAUCCGUUUUCUCUUCUUCGCCGAAAUGAUUCCAUUAGCUUAUUGGUGGAUCAGAAGCUGUAAGAAAAUUCAUUUUUGACAUAUUGUUCCAAGUCUUUUGUAAAAGUGCCUGUAGCGACAAUGUGACUGAUUCAUAUGCCAAAUUUGGCUUCAUAUUCUUGCUGAAGAUCAUAUGUGCUAAAUCUGGAGAACA